AAAUUAUUGCCAAAAGGGAAGGUGGUUCACAACUUGGAAAGGAGUGAGUAGUUGGCAAGUCCUUUUUUAAAAAAAGAUGAGAAGGAUCAAAGUUGGCGACAGACAGCCUACCCACAUGCCUUUCUUACCAUCCAAGGCUUUCCUUGCUAUGUGCUCCAACCUUAUACUAAGAUCCCAUCACCAUUUUCAUCAGCAGAGCUCUCAUCAGACAUCUCCAGGAAGAUUCGAGGAGAUGGCUAGCGAAGCGCCGAGCUGGGCUGAUCAAUGGGGAGCCGGCGGUUUUGGGGCUAUGGAGGAUGAUGGCGCCAAGAAGGACGAAGGGAGCAAUCAGAAGAAGGGGGAGUCCAAGGCCGCGUUUACCAAGGCAAAAGCAGCGGCCGCGGCCGGAGCACAGAAGAUCAAGAAUGGGACAUCGAGUAGCAUCAAAUGGAUCAAGAAUCAGUGUCAGAAAAAAGGCUCCUCCAAAUGAAGAACAAGGCGGUUGUAUCCACAUUAAUGAAGACUGCAAAAACCAUUUGUCUCUCAGUAUAUAGUUGCAGCAUCGGCAUUGUACCCUCUUUUAUGCAGCAUAGAAGCUUCAAAUU